AUGGGAAAGAAUGAUAUUUUCCUCAAAAUCAUAUUUUGUUACAUUAUCAUUUCAAUUGAUUUAUCGACUUCAUCCCAAGCAGAGAAACACCUCUCCGGAAGAAUAACCAGCGGUUACGACUGUUCAAUCGAAGAAUACUCACUUUUGGCAAGUAUAGAAUUCGGAAGUCGUCAAUAUUGCGGGGGAAGUUUGAUCGAUAAUUACAUCGUUUUAACCGCGGCUCAUUGUUGCGAAAACUUCGAUAAAUCAAAUCUUCACCAAUUAACAGCCUACUUCGGUCAACAAACCUGGCUGAAAGACUACGAACAAUCAAGUCCAAUCGAUGAUUUCAUCAUGCACAAAAAUUACAGCGACAGAAAUAUGAACGCAGACAUUUGCGUUUUAAAAUUAAAGAAACGAAUUUACCCAUCGAAUAAAGUCAGCAUUUCCAAAUUAGUAUCCAAAGAGAUUUUCCACGAUAUGAUGUACAAGCACACCUGCAAAGUUACCACAGUGAUCGGAUUCGGAGACCAAAUCCUGAAAGCUCGAAUGAAACCACCGGGUAAACACGAAGGUUGGCGCGAUCGAGUUAAAUGUGGUUCUUUAAAAUUGGUUGAUAAACAAUCGUGCCAAGAAGAACUCGUUAUCAUCGAGUUGACAAAUAGUUCAUUUUGCGCGAUGGACGCGAAAGGUAAAUCGCCGAUUGCUGUUGAUGCUUGCCAAGGAGAUUCCGGUGGACCGCUUUAUUGUAACGGAUUUCAAAUUGGAAUCGUUUCCGGGGGGUGGGGAUGCGGAAAUCCGGGAAGUCCAGGGGUUUAUUGUAGAAUCGACAUGUUUCGGGAAUUUAUCGAGGAGA